UUCAUUUCGACUGCAAAAAUGAUUUCUUGGCGACUUGGUUGCUUGGUUAUCGGUGUUAUAAUCGCUCAUCGGAUCAGUGCGCAAGGGAUCCAACUUGAAGAAAGAGAAGAAAGUAACGGAAGAACAAGUACCAACAUGCAUACAGGAGCGACAGCAUUUUCGCAUAACUGUCCAUGGACAGGGAGGCUGUCUGAUUUCAAAAACACACAAUGUGUAUGGGAGUUGACGGGCACAUUGAGAUACGUUAGAGACAUUAACGAAGUCCAGCUGUGCGAUGGAGAGUCGUGGUUGACGAUGUAUAGCUUCGUAGUUGGUAGUAUCAGUCGACCAGGUAAUUCAUGUCAACACCUCUAUAGUCAAGGUGUACGAGAAAGUGGUCCAUAUUGGAUUUACCCGAAUCCAGAUAUCAAACAUCCAAUCCAGGUUUACUGUGAGAUGGAAUUCAAUGGUGGUGGCUGGCUACGUGUGUAUAAUAUGAUGGCACGUCCUGGUAAUAAUGACAAUGCUGCGGAAUUCUACCAGUCUAUUAUAAGGAAUGAUGACGUCAGAGCGGUUCCGCCGGAUUCAACGAGUUCGUCAAUCUACACGAGGGGCCUGAAGCUGGAAAAUUAUAAAGAGGUACCAAAUAAAUUGGCUCACAUAUUUAGAUAUUAUAUUUAA